UGCGCUCGGCUGCACGAACCGGUUCUUGUGCCCGGGCUGCAACAUCGGCACGGCGUAGAGAGCUCGUUCCCGGUUGCGUGUUUCUAUUUACGCCCAAGCCCAGUGCUCGACCGCUGCGCCACUAUGCGGUGCUCGCACGCACCACGCUUUAGGUACUUUUUCACCGAAGCGCCACGGCACGCGCCCUAGAUACUUCUAAGUACGUCCCUAGGCACUAGGGAGAUGCGGUACGCCUGGGCGCGCAGUCUGCUUAGCCAGCUCAACACCGACCUUCGGCGACGCCGUCUUCAUGCUUCGGCAGCGCCCCGCCGUUUUACGCGUUUGGGUCUUCGGCAAGAACUCCGUUGUUUUUGCGCAUACCGCGGGUCUUCGCAGAGUGUAGAGGCUAGACCACCUGUCCAGUCAGCUUGUUCGGCGACUGGCUGGGUACGUAGCUGGCUGAAAAUGCUGCCUGUGCACUAAAGCCCCUCCAUCCACGCGCCACCGCCGACCAGGACGAAGCGGACCAGGAGGAUGAGGCCCAAAUUGUACUGACCCUAGACCAGUGGGAUCAGCCUGCCGUGCCGUUAAAGGAACUCAAAGCACUCGCUGUCCCUGAUGAGGUACUCUCACAGGUACGCAAGUACACACGGGAAGGUUGGCCGCGCAGUUUUGACAUGGAAACGAAAGAGAUGGCAGAGUUCUAGAAAAAGCGGAAUGAGCUGUCUAUUACUGAAGAAGUGCUCUACUGGGGUCAUCGCCUUGUAGUGCGGACAAAUGCGCGAGGAAAGCUGCUAAAGCUACUACAUGCAGCCCACCAAGGCGUGUCCGCUAUGAAGACAAAAUCCAAGUCUUUAUUUUGGUCGCCCGGCUUAGACCACGAUAUCGAGCGCAUUGCAGCGACAUGGCACAACUGCGUGCAAACGUUACCGAUGCCUCAGGCGAAAGAACCAGUAAGUUGGCCCGAUGCGCGCGAAAGGUGGUCGCGCUUGCAUAUCGACUAUGCGGGACCAAUCAAAGGGAAAAUGAUUCUGGUAGUCGUCGAUUCACACACAAAGUGGAUUGAGGCGGUUCGCUUGUCGCAGGCUAACGUUCACAGCACCAUUAAUGCCCUCAGGACAAUAUUUAGCCGUUUCGGUAUACCGCGCACGGUCGUGUCAGACAGCGGGACGCCAUUCACAGCAUGGGUGUUCCAGCAGUUUAUGAAGGGAAAUGGAAUAGUGCAUAUUCGGGCACCCCCCUAUCACUCCCAGAGUAAUGGCCUAGCCGAGCGAGCCGUGCGCACCGUAAAAGAAGGCUUGAAGAAGAUAGGAGGCGGUUGCAUCAUAACGUCGUUGGCCCGGCUGUUGUGCAAUUAUCGAAACGCACCACACCAAGGAGGCCCUUCUCCUUCAGAGAUGCUAUUAGGUUACCGGUUGCGCACAAGACUGGACAUGUCUUUUCCUUCCAGAGCUUGCCCUGCCAAAGCUGUGAAUGACUCGAGCUGGAACUUUGCACCUGGAGACUUUGUUUACGUGCGAAAUUACGGCGUCGGCGAUAAGUGGGCCCUAGGCACUGUGGAAGCUACUUCCGGUGCUCGCCUCCUGGAUGUUAAGACUGCGGACGGGUUUGUCCGUCGCCACUUGGAUCAAGUUCGUAAGCGGAGCACAGAUGAGACCCCAGCAGCCGUCGACCUGUCGAGGCUUCCUACAACGGUUUCCCCGGUAUUAAAAGAACCAAGGACGUCUGAAACAUCUGAGAGAAUACCAGAAGCACAACCUCAGGAGCUACGUCGCUCCACACGAUCAAAGAAACCUGUUGUUCGUUUUGGUUACUAAGGGUGAAGAAAUGCGGCAACCCAUGAAUAUGACAAGCAAGCUAUUUCCUCCAGUGCGCAUGCGCCCACUCUUUCUGUCACACCUUCCCUGUCCCCUCAUCUUUUCUUUACAUUUCCGAGCGUGAAUAAACUCGGCAUUCUUCGGC